AUGGCCGAGCAGGAGACGGGCGGCAUGAUGGCCCUCGAGGUCAAGAACGGCGACGACUCGAUUCGCUUCUGCGAGGGCCGAAGCUUUGGUGCCCAGCGCAGCGUCGCCGGCGAGCUGGUCUUCCAGACUGGCAUGGUCGGCUACCCCGAGUCCAUUACAGACCCCUCAUACCGAGGACAGAUCCUCGUCAUCACAUUCCCCCUCGUGGGCAACUACGGCGUGCCGCCUCGAGACGCCAAAGACCCCAUCUUACCCGACCUCCCCGCUCACUUCGAGGCCUCCGAGAUCCACAUUGCAGGUCUUGUCGUGGCUUCCUACUGCGGCGAGGACUACUCACACUACCUGGCCGACUCGUCCUUGGGCCAAUGGCUCAAGGAGCAGAAUGUGCCCGCCGUGUGCGGCGUGGAUACUCGAGCUCUGACGAAGAGGAUCAGAGAGAAGGGCAGCAUGCUCGGCCGCCUGCUCAUGCAGACCGGCACCAGGCGAGUCAUCAAUGGCACAGCCUCUCCCAGCGGCGCCAUGACACCCAACGGCAUUACGCCCGCACUUACACCAGCCGUGCCGGACCUCAAUGGCGUUAACAGCGCCUUGAGACCGAACGGCAUGAAUGGCACCAAGAGCCCCGAGGGCUACUUCGGCAGAUCAAAAGAGGUGGCAGUCUACGAGGAGCUCGACUUCUACGAUCCCAACACCAGAAAUCUGGUUGCAGACGUCUCAAUCAAGAAGCCCAAGAUCUAUUCCCCAAGUGCGUCCGUUGCGUUGCGUCAUCCGUCUGGUAGAACUGUGCGUGUUCUGGUCGUCGAUGUUGGUCUCAAAUACAACCAGCUGCGAUGUCUGGUGUCAAGAGGAGUCGAGGUCGAGGUUGUGCCGUGGGACUACGACUUCCCUCAGUUGGCUGGCAAGGAAUACGAUGGUCUUUUCAUCUCCAACGGACCAGGCGACCCGAAGAUGAUGCAGCAGACGGUCAAGAACAUUCAGAAGGCGAUGGAAGAGGCGAGAGUACCGAUCUUUGGUAUCUGUUUGGGACACCAACUGCUCGCUCGUGCAGCUGGCGCGGAUACACUCAAGAUGAAGUUUGGUAACCGUGGACACAACAUUCCCUGCACGAACCUGCUCUCAGGCAAGUGCUACAUCACCUCGCAAAACCACGGUUACGCAGUCGACUCAGAGACGCUGCCACACGACUGGAGCGAGCUCUUCGUCAAUGCGAACGAUCACAGCAACGAGGGUAUUCGCCAUGUCAACCGCCCAUACUUCAGUGUGCAGUUCCACCCAGAGAGCACACCUGGACCGCGAGACACGGAAUUCUUGUUCGAUGUCUUCAUUGGCACGGUCAUGAACGUUAUCAAGGACUCGAAGCUCAUGCAACAGCCAGUCGCUUUCCCUGGUGGAAACGCUGCUGAGAAUGCUGCCAAGAAUCCACGUCUCACACCGAAGAAGGUUCUUGUGCUAGGCAGUGGUGGACUGAGCAUUGGCCAAGCAGGCGAGUUCGACUAUUCUGGUAGCCAGGCCAUCAAGGCUCUGAAGGAGGAGGGCAUCUACACCAUCCUCAUCAACCCCAACAUCGCCACCAUUCAGACUUCCAAGGGUCUGGCCGACAAGGUCUACUUCUUGCCUGUCAACGCCGAGUUCGUCCGCAAGGUCAUCAAGCAGGAGCGCCCAGAUGCGAUCUACUGCACAUUCGGUGGCCAGACUGCUCUGCAAGUCGGUAUCCAGCUCAAGGAUGAAUUCGAAGAGCUUGGCGUCAAGGUCCUCGGUACGCCCAUCGACACCAUCAUUACCACAGAAGACCGAGAGAAGUUUGCACGAAGCAUGGACUCCAUUGGCGCUCCAUCUGCGAAGUCCAAGUCUGCCAACAAUAUGCAAGAGGCUCUCGAAGCUGUCGAGGAGAUCGGCUACCCAGUCAUCGUUCGUGCUGCGUACGCUCUUGGUGGACUCGGCAGUGGUUUUGCAAAUGACAAAGAGCAGCUCGUUGAUCUCUGUCACAAGGCAUUCGCUGCCAGCCCCCAAGUGCUCGUUGAGCGCAGCAUGAAGGGCUGGAAGGAAAUCGAGUACGAAGUCGUCCGCGAUGCACACGACAACUGCAUUACCGUGUGUAACAUGGAGAACUUCGACCCUCUCGGCAUCCAUACUGGUGACUCGGUUGUUGUCGCUCCUUCGCAGACUCUCUCCGACGAAGACUACAACAUGCUGAGGACGACUGCAGUGCGAGUCAUUCGACAUCUUGGCGUUGUUGGUGAGUGCAAUAUCCAGUAUGCGCUCAACCCAGAUAGUAGGGAAUACUGCAUCAUUGAGGUCAACGCUCGUCUCUCGAGAUCUUCAGCACUGGCAUCAAAGGCUACCGGAUAUCCACUUGCUUUCAUCGCGGCCAAGCUGGGUCUCAACAUUCCGCUGAACGAGAUCAAGAACACCGUUACGAAGGUAACCUGUGCUUGCUUCGAGCCCUCUCUCGACUAUGUGGUUGUCAAGAUUCCGAGAUGGGAUCUGAAGAAGUUCACGAGAGUGUCGACAUUGCUCGGCUCAUCGAUGAAGAGUGUUGGUGAAGUCAUGAGCAUCGGGCGAACGUUCGAAGAAGCCAUCCAAAAGGCCAUCAGAUCCGUGGACCCAAGCAACUUGGGCUUUCACGAGACACCCGCACUCAUGUCCAUCGACGUGGACACCGAACUCCAAACUCCCUCUGACCAGCGCAUGUUCGCCCUCGCCAACGCCAUGCACAGCGGCUAUACAGUCGACAAGAUUUGGGAGCUCACCAAGAUCGACAAGUGGUUCCUCCGCAAACUCAAGGGCCUCAGCGACUUCGGCAAGCUCAUGACCCAGUACGGCGUCGAGAGCAUCCCGACGAACCUCUUCCGCAAAGCCAAGGAAAUGGGCUUCUCCGACAAGCAGCUGUCCGUCUUCUGGGACAGCAACGAGCCUCAUGUCCGUCGUGCGAGACUCGAGCAGGGUAUCACCCCCAUCGUCAAGCAGAUCGAUACAGUCGCGGCUGAGUUCCCGGCUUUCACUAACUACCUCUAUCUCACGUACAAUGGCAGCGAGCACGAUAUCUCUUUCGAGGAUCGAGGCGUUAUGGUCCUUGGAUCUGGUGUGUACCGUAUCGGUUCUUCGGUCGAGUUCGAUUGGUGCUCUGUGAGGGCGGUGAGGACUUUGAGGGAGAAUGGGUAUAAGACUGUCAUGGUUAAUUACAACCCGGAAACCGUCUCGACCGACUAUGAUGAAGCCGAUCGCCUCUACUUCGAGAAUAUCACGUUGGAAAACAUUUUGGACAUUUACCAGCUCGAACACUCCAGCGGUGUCAUUCUGUCCAUGGGAGGCCAGACGUCGAACAACAUCUCCCUGCCCUUGUACAGAUCCAACGUUAAGAUCCUUGGAACUUCGCCUGAGAUGAUCGAUACCGCAGAGAACCGAUACAAGUUCUCCCGUAUGCUGGACAGACUGGGCGUGGACCAGCCAGAGUGGAAGGAGCUGACCAGCAUCGACGAGGCCAAGAGCUUCUGCAAUCGGGUCAGCUAUCCAGUGCUCGUGAGACCGUCGUAUGUGCUGUCAGGUGCUGCCAUGAACACGGUCUACAGCGAGCACGAUCUCAAGAACUACUUAGCUCUUGCGGCUGAGGUCUCCAAGGAGCACCCCGUGGUCAUCACCAAGUACAUUGAGAACGCCAAGGAGAUCGAGAUGGAUGCUGUCGCUCGAAAUGGUAUCAUGAUCGGCCAUUUCGUCUCUGAGCACGUCGAGAACGCUGGUGUCCACUCUGGAGACGCAACCCUCAUUCUGCCACCUCAGGAUCUAGACCCGGAGACUGUUCGCAAGAUCGAGGACGCCACUCGUAAGAUUGGUGAUGCUCUUAACGUUACUGGCCCAUACAACAUCCAGUUCAUCGCCAAGGACAACGAGAUCAAGGUCAUUGAGUGCAACGUCCGUGCCUCGAGAUCUUUCCCAUUCGUGUCCAAGGUCAUGGGUCUUGAUCUUAUUGAAAUGGCCACCAAAGCGAUGACGGGCCUGCCUGUGCGAGAGUACCCACCAUUGACAGUCCCGCCGGAUUAUGUCGGUGUCAAGGUUCCACAGUUCUCCUUCUCCCGACUUCAGGGCGCCGAUCCAGUCAUGGGUGUAGAGAUGGCAUCCACUGGUGAGGUUGCCUGCUUUGGCCGUACCAAGUAUGAGGCGUACAUGAAGGGCCUGAUCUCGACAGGCUUCAAGCUUCCUAAGAAGAACAUUCUCCUAUCAUUCGGUACCUUCAAGGACAAGAUGGAGAUGUUGAAGCCAGUGGAGCAGCUUCAUAAGAUGGGCUUUGCGCUGUUCGCCACUGCUGGAACUGCUGACUUUCUGGAAGAGCACAACAUUCCGUGCAAGUUCCUGGAGGCUCUUGGAAGCGAUGAUCAAAGAGAAGAGUACUCGCUCACCUACGCUCUCGCCAACAACCUGAUCGACCUUUACAUCAACUUGCCAUCGAGCAACAAGUUCCGUCGUCCCGCGAACUACAUGAGCAAGGGCUACCGCACUCGUCGUAUGGCCGUCGAUUUCCAGACGCCGCUGGUGACGAACGUCAAGAUCGCCAAGAUCCUCAUUGAGGGUAUUGCGCGAAACUACGACUUCAAUAUCAGCAAGGUCGACUACCAGACCUUCUCUGAGGUCCCCACUGCGCCGCUCGUGCUCCCGCCAGCACAGCCGUCCGAGCCAUUGACUGACAUGCUUAAGAGAUCUCCAUUCAAGGGCAAGGACAUCUUGUCGGUCAAGACCUUCUCCAAGGAGGACCUCCACCUGCUCUUCACCAUUGCAGCUGAGAUGAGACUGGGCGUGGAGCGUGAUGGCUCUCUGGACAUUCUUAAGGGUCGCGUGCUUUGCGAGGUGUUCUUCGAGCCAUCAACUCGGACCUCGGCCUCCUUCGACGCCGCCAUGAAGCGUCUCGGCGGCCAGACUAUCGUGCUCAACGAGUCCCACUCCAGCACCAAGAAGGGCGAGUCUCUGAGCGACACUAUUCGCACCAUCGAUCAGUACAGCGACGCAAUCGUCCUACGACACCCGGAGAGCGACAGUGUCGACGUCGCCGCCAAAGCUGCCGACCACCCCAUCAUCAACGCUGGCAACGGCGCCCGCGAGCACCCAACUCAGGCCCUGCUCGAUCUGUUUACCAUCCGUGAGGAGCUGGGUACAGUCAACGGUCUGACCAUCACCUUCACUGGUGACCUCAGAUAUGGCCGCACCGUGCACUCCCUCUGCGAGCUCUUGCGCCACUACAACGUCAAGAUCCAGCUCGCAGCACACUCUCAACUCGCCCUUCCUAGCAAGGUCAAGGCCGUAGUCGAGAGCCGAGGCCAGCUUGGUGCCGUCUCCGACCGCCUCACGCCAGAGAUUAUCGCCAACACCGAUGUUCUCUACUGCACCCGUGUCCAGAAGGAGCGCUUCGAAGACCAAGACCUGUACGAGCAAGUCAAGGACGAGCUGGUCGUCAGCAGCAAGACCCUUCGUGAUGCCAAGAAGAACAUGAUCGUCAUGCACCCGUUGCCACGAAACCUGGAGCUCGCUACUGAGGUCGACGAUGACCCGCGGGCUGCCUACUUCCGCCAGAUGAAGUACGGCAUGUUCGUGCGUAUGGCGCUAUUGGCGAUGGUCAUGGGAUAG